AGAGAUCCAAAAAGAUUCAGAUGUCUCUUAAAUCCAAGGCUAACAUGAAUUAGCACAUCAUGAUCUGGUGCAAUGCAGUCCCGGUACAUAUAACAUGCUACAUCUUUACUAAAAAUGUUUGAAAAUCUUUACUGAACAAGAGAAAAAUGCAAUCUAAUUAUAUAAGUAAGUUGCUUCUAUAAGUUUGCUUCUUUUUUUCCUUAAACGUUUAGUAGAACAUAAUUGGUACAAAGAUAUGUUGAUGACUUUUGUUCAGAGGGUAAGUACUGUGCUGCUCUAAUUGGUUCUUAGCAGAUAUGUGUGUGUAUAUAUAUAUAUUAUAUAUAUAUUAUCCAGUACAUUUUGUUUGUAACUGUAUUCCUAUCUCAUUCUCUUAAAAUUAUUCUUAAAUAUUAUAGGCUAAUUUUUAAUGAAUUUAUUGUUUUAAAAGGAUGAUACUUUUUUCUAUGGAAAUUAAUACAAUAACUUCUAUAAUAUAUAAGAAAGAUAAACAGAGAAGUAUAAACACAUUGCUGUUUGUAAAUGAAACUUUUUCUUCUGUGAUUAAUUUAAAACAUAAUUUCAGCUUCAUCUUGCAAAUAUUGUUUAAAGUGAAAGCUUUGACUGUUUUGUUUACAGUAUUUUUUAGAGGGUCAUUUAAAAUGUGGAGCUUUAAGUUCUAGAAGUUUUAUGGAAUUAUAGCAGAUGAGCAGCUGUUUCCAGAUUGCUAGGACACAGAAGUUAGAAUUCCCAUUAUCACAUUAAUCGUAAAGAUUGGAGACUAAAAAAUCCAUUUCAUUUAUUCUCAUUCUUGAAUAAACAGCUCUGUAGUGAUGCCUAUUUGUACUUGUUUCUCUAAUAAAAAUGCAACUGUAGCUCUCAAAACAAAUUAGUUUUAAUUAUUUAAAUGAUAUGAAUUUGUCAAACAUAAAUAAUCUAACACCUGUUUUGACUUUUCAUUUUAUGAAAAAAAUGUUUUGUGAGAACUAUUAGAGGAUGAUAGUGAGAAAUAACAAUUACAAAGGUAGGUCUAUGCAUUUAUUACAAGUAGCAAAAAAAAAAAAAAAA